AUGUGUAUCCAGCACGCUCUAGUGGUGGCAAUUCGGGGCGGACACACCGAAAUCGUGGUGGUCUUGCUAGACUUCGGUGUACAGGCCAACUUCUACUACGAUAAACGCGUUCGGUGCUGGUAUAAGAUUGACUUCUCGCCCCUCUUCACUGCGGUGCAAUUCUGGAAUCUGGAGCUAGUAGAUUUGCCACUUAAGCGUGGUGCUGAUCCAGAGCGGUAUUUCCCUUCACCGUUAUAUCGCGCUGUGGAGGACGGUCGACGGAAUAUUAUCACCAUAUUACUCAAAUACGGCGUGGGGUGGCACGCAGCAAAGACAUUGAAGCUAGCUGUACUAAGAAAGGAUGAAUCUAUGGCGAGAUUCUUCUUAAUGGAGGAUUAG